GACAAUCAUCUUUGGCUAAAAGAAACACCAACAAGAAAAAGAAAAAGGAAAUGUGGAGAUUGAAGAUAGCAGACGGUGGAAAUGACCCAUAUCUCUUCUCCACAAACAAUUUCGUGGGAAGGCAAACAUGGGAGUUCGAUCCUGAGGCAGGAAGCCCCGAGGAGCGAGCCCAGGUUGAAGCUGCCCGUCACAAUUUCUAUAACAAUCGCUUCCGUGUCAAGGCCUGUUCUGAUAUUCUGUGGCGCUUUCAGUUUCUGAGAGAAAAGAACUUCCGACAAAUAAUAGGUAGUACGAAGAUGGAGGACGAAGAGAUUACGUACCAGAAUACAACAGCGGCGUUAAGAAGGGCCACCCAUUACCUAUCAGCAUUGCAAGUUACUGAUGGCCAUUGGCCUGCUCAAAUAGCUGGUCCACUCUUUUUUCUUCCUCCUUUGGUAUUUUGCAUGUACAUUACAGGCCAUCUUGAUUCAGUAUUCCCAGAAGAGCACCGCAGAGAGAUGCUUCGUCAUAUUUAUUGCCACCAGAAUGAAGAUGGGGGGUGGGGAUUACACAUAGAAGGACAUAGCACCAUGUUUUGUACUGCACUCAACUACAUAUGUAUGCGCAUUCUUGGAGAAGGGCCUGAUGGAGGUCAAGAUGAUGCGUGUGCUAGAGCUCGCAAGUGGAUUCAAGAUCAUAAUGGCGUAACAUAUAUACCGUCGUGGGGAAAAACUUGGCUUUCGAUACUAGGUUUAUUCGAUUGGUCGGGAGCCAACCCAAUGCCUCCAGAGUUUUGGAUGCUUCCUUCUUUUCUUCCUAUGCAUCCAGCUAAAAUGUGGUGUUAUUGCCGGCUAGUUUACUUGCCCAUGUCUUACUUAUAUGGGAAGAGAUUUGUGGGUCCAAUCACACCACUUAUUCUUCAGUUGAGAGAAGAAAUCUUUAUUCAACCUUACCAUAAAAUUAAUUGGACAAAAGCACGUCAUGCCUGUGCAAAGGAAGAUCUUCACUAUCCUCAUCACUUCAUCCAAGAUCUAUUAUGGGAUAGUCUAUACAUUUUCACUGAGCCACUUCUUACGCGUUGGCCAUUCAACAAUAUGGUAAGAGAGAAGGCCCUUCAAAUAACAAUGAAACAUAUCCAUUACGAAGAUGAGACUGGUCGAUACAUAGACAAUGGAAGUGUGGAAAAGGUUUUGUUUAUGCUUGCUUGUUGGGUGGAUGAUCCAAAUGGAGAUGCUUUCAAGAAGCAUCUUGCAAGGAUCCCCGAUUACUUAUGGCUUUCAGAAGAUGGAAUGACCAUGCAGAGUGUUGGUAGCCAAUCAUGGGAUGCUGGAUUGGCAGUUCAAGCUCUGCUUGCCACUAACCUUAUUGACGAAAUUGGUCCUACACUUUUGAAAGGACAUGAUUUUCUCAAGAAAUCUCAGGUUAAGGAAAACCCUUCAGGAGACUUUAAAAGAAUGUUUCGUCACAUUUCUAAAGGAUCAUGGACCUUCUCUGAUCAAGAUAAUGGAUGGCAGGUUUCUGAUUGCACUGCAGAAUGUUUGAAGUGCUGUCUACUUUUAUCAAUGUUGCCAUCAGAGAUAGUUGGUGAGAAGAUGGAUGAUGAAAAGUUAUUUGAUUCGGUUAAUCUCCUUUUGUCGCUUCAGGGUAAGAAAGGCGGUUUCGCAGGCUGGGAGCCAGCAGGAGCUCAAGAAUGGUUGGAACUGCUCAACCCCACAGAAUUUUUUGAGGACAUUGUAGUUGAGCAUGAAUAUGUUGAAUGUACUACAUCAGCAAUUGAGGCUUUUAUUUUGUUUAAGAAACUAUAUCCGGAGCAUAGGAAGAAAGAAAUCGAGAAUUCCAUUAUUAAUGCAAUUCGAUUCCUUGAGGAUACCCAAACAACUGAUGGUUCAUGGUAUGGUAAUUGGGGAGUUUGCUUCAUUUAUGGCACCUACUUUGCUGUUGCUGGGCUUGCAGCAUGUGGCAAGACUUACUCCAAUUGCACUGCAAUUCGAAAAGCAGUUGAGUUUCUUCUCGCAACACAGGGAGAGGAUGGUGGGUGGGGGGAGAGCUAUCUAUCAUGCCCAAAAAAGAUAUACGUACCCCUUGAAGGAAAUCGUUCAAAUGUUGUACAAACUGCAUGGGCUCUGAUGGCUCUCAUUCAUUGUGGACAGUAUAAGAGAGACCCAGCUCCUCUUCAUCAUGCAGCAAAGUUACUCAUCAAUUCUCAACUGGAAGAUGGUGAUUGGCCACAACAGGAAUCCACAGGCGUAUUCUUGAGGAAUUGCCUUAUCCAUUAUGUAAUGUAUCGAAAUAUUUUUCCAAUGUGGGCUCUAGCUGAAUAUCGCAAACUGAUGGAAUUGCCUUGAAUGGUAGUUUAGUGUAUACUAUUAGAAAUUUUUGUAAUUACUAAGGGUUAAAAUCAACUGUAUUUUUCUUGUUUUAAUAAAAAACCAGUUAAGUCAUGAUAUAUAUGGAAAUGUAGUAUAAAGCCCAAUUAGUUAAGUGACAUUGGUAUAGACCUUGGUUUAUGUAUUCUACCCAAUGGGAAUAUAGUAAUUAUGCUGACCUUUAUAUGAUAACCUAUUGUGCUCAUUGAUUAACUCAUCCAAGGUUUUGACCUUGUUUACAACAUUGGUUAAUGCAUUUUACUUAAAGGAGAAUGUACUAUU